ACACCUGACAGUACACCUUCCCUGUGUAGUACUCUCCCUCCAGUACACCUUCCCUGUGUAGUACUCUCUCUCCAGUACACCUUCCCUGUGUAGUACUCUCUCUCCAGUACACCUUCCCUGUGUAGUACUCGCCCUCCUGUACACCUUCCCUGUGUAGUACUCUCCCUCCAGUACACCUUCCCUGUGUAGUACUCUCCCUCCUGGACACCUUCCCUGUGUAGUACUCUCCCUCCAGUACACCUUCCCUGUGUAGUACUCUCCCUCCAGUACACCUUCCCUGUGUAGUACUCUCCCUCCAGUACACCUUCCCUGUGUAGUACUCUCCCUCCAGUACACCUUCCCUGUGUAGUACUCUCCCUCCAGUACACCUUCCCUGUGUAGUACUCUCCCUCCAGUACACCUUCCCUGUGUAGUACUCUCCCUCCAGUUCACCUUCCCUGUGUAGUACUCUCCCUCCAGUACACCUUCCCUGUGUAGUACUCUCCCUCCUGGACACCUUCCCUGUGUAGUACUCUCCCUCCAGUACACCUUCCCUGUGUAGUACUCUCUCUCCAGUACACCUUCCCUGUGUAGUACUCUCUCUCCAGUACACCUUCCCUGUGUAGUACUCUCCCUCCAGUACACCUUCCCUGUGUAGUACUCUCCCUCCAGUACACCUUCCCUGUGUAGUACUCUCCCUCCAGUACACCUUCCCUGUGUAGUACUCUCUCUCCAGUACACCUUCCCUGUGUAGUACUCUCCCUCCAGUACACCUUCCCUGUGUAGUACUCUCCCUCCAGUACACCUUCCCUGUGUAGUACUCUCCCUCCAGUACACCUUCCCUGUGUAGUACUCUCCCUCCAGUACACCUUCCCUGUGUAGUACUCUCUCUCCAGUACACCUUCCCUGUGUAGUACUCUCCCUCCUGGACACUGAGAGAGAGAGCACUGAGUUAGCUCGCAUAUUAAGUGCAAAUUAGACACAAGAGAUCGCAAGAUGGCGCUUGAGCUCCACACAGACAUCAUCAGGACUCCUUCGGGAUUUUUAAAGAUCUUCGAGACGGCGCUGACGAUCGUGGCGAUCAGCGUCAGCGAGGGCACGAGUGACUUCAGCUUCGGUAAUGAUGACCGCACCUUCUUCUGUGGCGGGGUGCUGGUGCUGUCCGUGGUGGUGACGCCUCUACUCUUCCUCACCUACCUGAAGGGCGCCGCCAAGGAGAUACAGCGGACACCCUUUGAAGUAUUGGUGAACUUGGUGCAGGGAGCCUUCAUGUUGUCAGCAGGCAGCGUGAUCAUCAACACCUCCUGCACCCACCUGAAGGACGUGCCAUGGGCCGCUGACGCCGGCAAGACCGCCGGGUCCUUCUGCAUCAUCAACUCUCUCUUGUAUUUCCUCGACACAUUCUUCGCCUUUCAGAAUUUGAGCUAAAAAGUCUGAUUGUUAUCAUAAUUAGUGUCAGUUCUUCACUCGAGGAAUAUCAUUUGUUGUGACCUCAUCGGGGACACGAAGGCGGCGGCUUGUUGAAGCUCCUGCCAAUAUUUCUUGUUCUUUUUUUACUACAAUAUUCUGUCAUUAUUGACGAUGGGUGGAGACCGCAUCAAACUACUUCAUGACAACUGUACACACACACAUAUAUAUAUAUGUGUGUGUGUGUGUGUGUGUGUGUGUGUGUGUGUGUGUGUGUGUGUGUGUGUGUGUGUGUGUGUGUGUGUGU